AUGGGCCAAAUCAAGCGUCACAACAAAAUCAGCAGCACCCCCACACCCGCCGCCGCGAAGCUCAAGUACACGCAGCUGAGGAAAAUGUUCUCGGGCAGAAACCUCCUCAUGGCAACUACUACGAAUCCUACAAAUAAUACUAAUUAUUGCAGAUGGAACAGCAAUACGAAAAUAGAUACUAGUGUUCAUAAAAGGCCCAGGUUUCGUAAUCGUGAUCAUGGUAAUUGUGCUGUGGUUGUGCCGCUGAACUUGGCGGAGCUGGAUCCUCCACUGCCCGUGGUGAAGCCGUCGUGUGACCGCGGUGAAGAAGGGAGCUUGUGGAAGAGAAGGGGUCUACAAAUACAACAAAUUGAGUUGCCCUGCAACAACAAUGCUCUGCUUCCGCCACCCUCUGUUCCAUGA